AUGAUGAGAAUUUGGAUCCUUCGGGAUCUACGGUUAUUGCUCUCUGGAAGGAAGGUUUUGCCUCUAUCUAUGCUGCGUUCAAAACAAAAGGAAAAUUCUUCUGCAGCCAGCACUGCGAACUUCGGCUCUCCUAGUGAGGAUACGGAGGUGCCUGGUACUGAAGGGAGUUCUAAGAAGCUGAAGAUGACUAACGUAGUACCUGACGUUGAAAUUUUGUCGAGUACAGAAGUGUUUUCUCUGAAGCCAUUAGCUUCUAAGAGUGUUUUUGAGGAUAGCGAAGAAAAAGGACAUCCAUCUACUGAAUUUCCCGCUAAAGAGGUGUAUGAAGGUCCUUCUGUUCCCCCUGCUAACCCUGUGAUUUCAUCGGGCAUAUCCGCUAGAGGGAUUGAACCUUUUCGCCUUGUUCCUAGCGUAGAAGUUAAAGGUUAUGGAGGCGAAGUCUAUGGAUUUAGAGGAACCUGUUCUGCUCUCCGGAAGGAAUUGGGGGAUGUACGGGAGGAGUUCAGAGUGGCUAAAGAUGAUCUUAAUCUCAUUCAGACUGAAAAAGCUAGUCUAGAGAAGAGGGUGGUGGAGUUGGGUGACGCAUCUGCUCGAUCCCAGGAGGAAAACAAGAAUCUCAUCAAAGAGCUUGAAACACUGCGGCAAGAUCCGCAUUUACUGAUUACUAAGGGUCUUCCUUACUUUUUUAGUAAGGGUUUAGUUGACUCUGUAUUUCAGAGACAUUUCAAAAGGUUGUCCUAUUACCAGAAAGCUAUUGGUGAGCAUAAAAUGGCAUUGCACUACCAUCUCUCUUUUGAGGGUGUGGAGCUAGAGGAGAUGCCUGGGUACAAUCCUAAUGCGGUUACUAAGGCUCAGGAAGCUAAGGGGGCUCUUCACCAGUUGGCUUUGGAUUAUCACAAGGUCUUGGCUGACAACGCUCACAACCCUACUCCUGUACUUAUGGGUAUUCGUGCUAAGCGUCUAAUGCCUAAUCCGGAUGUUAGUACCUCCCGUAUCGUAGCAGCACAGGGAGUUUUCGGAGCGGGAGAUGGGGAAGGAGAGGUGAACCAGAUGAAGGCAUCUUAA